AUGGAGUCUUAUUCCCUAAUUCUUAUUAUUUGGCUGUCGACUUUAAUCAUUCCGUUUUGCAUGAUGACGAUAAAGAUGAAAACUUCAUUUAGCGAGGGAACCGUGGAAAAGUUUGCUGUUGGCGACCAAAUUAUAACAGCAAAAGUAUUCGAGCCUGUCUGGCUUGCCACGGAUGUAGCGGUAAUAGUCAAUCUGGUGCUAGCUAUUCUGAUAUCUGCAAUGGGUUGUUCCAUAAAAUGCAUGAAAAGUCUUAAAUAUGUCGUAAGAAAGUCUAUGGAGGAGUCCUACACAAAGUCAUACUUAAUGUACAUUGGUAGUCCGGUUACUAUUUGGAUUACAUUUGCAAUGUCUAAAGAUGUUAAAGAUAAACACUGCAAAUGCAGAAGCACGAGGGAAUCAAAGAAACUCUCGGACCCGCUAAACUUGUUGGAUUCAAUUUUAUUCAAAGAGUUCGCCCACAUGAUCUAA